GUUGUGCAAGUGUUAGCUAAUUUGAUCACACCUGACUUUGUUGACCCAACACUUGAUGGCAAUCAUAUAUUCAUAAUGUAUGCUGACACUACCUGGAGGACAGAAAUAUAUGCCGAGGCUCCAGAAAAUACCACCCUAGAGGCUUUCACGGCGUUUGGGAUUCAACGUGAAGCAUUGAAUGUGUCUUCAUUAAAACAAGAUACAAAACGGCCACAAGUAAAGUAUGCAGUAAUGUCAUGGAAACCAUCUCUUGGUGAAAUUGGGAGACAUAUAGCAUGCGUCAGUGCAAGUGAUAGUACUGGAGUGGAUUCGGCAGAGGAAAGGUGCUUCAUUUUGGACGUUCAAGUUGAUGCAUUCAACCAUACCACAAAAGUUACAGCGGGGAAGCCCUACUUUGUCGACAUACCAUCACCGGAUCAGUUUGUGAACUGCAAAAUAGAUGCGACAUGUGUUGUUGCAAUAUAUGUCAAAUCAACGGUGUAAGUUAUA